ACCAUCUUUCUCUGCAACUCUCUCUUGUUGAUGUGAUUCUCCACCAUAAACCACAUCAACCUUUACAAAAGAGAGAAAGGUCCAGCACCACCAUGGUAUUCUCUUCUGUUCCGGUUUAUCUAGAUCCUCCCAAUUGGCCACAGAAAAUAUUUGAUGCAUCUGGCUUUACUUUCCUGCAGCAACAAAAUCCGCAGCAAGUAGCUGGUGAUGGUGAAAAUUCUCAAUUUCCACCACCUCUUAUGCCGCCCCCACCUCCGCCUGGAGCUGGGGGCACGGCAUCUAUCCGACCUGGCUCGAUGGCCGAACGAGCCAGGCUAUCAAAGUUACCACAGCCUGAGGCAGCCCUCAAGUGCCCCCGCUGCGAAUCUGCAAACACAAAAUUUUGCUACUUCAACAAUUACAGCCUGACGCAGCCCCGUCAUUUCUGCAAGACUUGUCGGCGAUACUGGACAAGAGGAGGGGCACUAAGGAACGUCCCAGUUGGAGGAGGAUGCCGAAGAAACAAAAGAAGCAAAGGAAGCAGAUCAAAGUCCCCAAUGACUAGCGACAAUCAAAGCAGCAAUUCCACCUCAACUAGUGCAGUUUCUGCUAAUAAUAGCUGCUCCACUGAUGUAAUGAGUCGUUUGCCACCUCCACCUCCGCUAUCUUUCUUUCCUCCUCUGCAUAAUCUUGCUGAUUUUUCGAAUGUGGAUAUCGGUAUGAGCUUUGGUGGAAUCCAUCCAACAGUUACGACCAGGGCCGGUGCUGGAAGCGAAAUUGAGUUCCAGAUUGGUAAUCCUUUGGGUGCUGGGCCACUUAAUUUGUCAUCUCGAUUCGCAGACCAGUGGAGACUGCAACAAGUGCAGCAGUUACCAUUUCUGGGUGGAUUGGAACAUUCAGCUGCUGCUGGAGUGUAUCAUCUUGAAGGUGAAGUUAUUGAUCAGCCAUUAGGAUAUGAUGGCGUGACAACGGAUCAGCUGACAUCUAAAACAUUGGAAGCUCAUGGGGGUUCAGUCAAGCUGGAAGAAAAUCACCAAGGGCUGAACUUGUCGAGAAAUUUCUUGAGCAUUCCUGGGAAUGAUCAAUAUUGGAGUACCACUGCCAAUGCAUGGACAGAUCUCUCUGGUUCUACUUCUUCAGCUAGCCAUUUCAUGUGAUAAUAUGGUAUCCCUAAUCUUGAAAACGUUAUCAAUAUUCAGGCAUGUGUGUCUUAAAGCGAAUACGGGUUCUGGUAGCUAGAAAGAAAUCUUAUCAGAAAAGAAUAUGAUCAGGAUCGAUUGUUAAAAGAUGAAAUGGGGAGCAACGAUUUGAUCAGCAACUCUUUCGAGCGUCUGCUGAAGAAGUUUGGAAAGGGUAGGCAUCGAUUUUCAUUUUUUUGUUCAUUUCAUUUUUAUGGGAUAUGCUUACUAGAGAAGUACUGUAGUGGUAGACGUAUAUGUGUUGAUGCCAUCUGACAGGAAGGUUUAGGUUCUCUUAACAGAUCCACUCCACUGUAUUAAGUAAUUUCUUUGUUUUAAUUGCGUGGAAGAAUUAUGUAAAUUGCUAAACUCUACCGUAUCCUUCCUAAAGUUGAAUUAGGAUUAAUAACAACUCCGCUGGUGAAAGUCUCCAUUCUGAAGA